AGCCCUGAAUUAAAACAUAUAUUAUAUCAUAUGAUUAUGGUUGGUUAUAAUGAACGUACCUUUUAUCAGGUAGUAAAACAUCUCUUUUCAUCCUCAGCCUCACCAACAGAUGUCACCUCUACAGUUUCAGCUGUUUCCCCUGCAGCCCCUCCUGCCAACCCCUCUGCCCCCCCUGUUGGGGCCUUCAUCAGAAGACACAGAAUGUCUCUAGAGACUCGCCUGGGACUCUUACAGCCCUUAUUCCUGCGUCUCCAGGAUCGUGGGGUUCUGAUUGACGAGGAGAGGGAGGAGGUGGUCAGUAAAUCCACCAAGACCCUACAGAACCAAGCCCUGCUGGACAUGGUGGUAAAGAAGGGGGCUCGCGCCCAGAAACACUUCUACCAGGUCCUGAAGGAAGUAGAUCCCUGCCUGGUCGAAGACCUGGAAGAGCAGACAGUCUGAGACAGGUAGCCAUGGAUACAACAGCAUCAGGAUAUAUUAUAUCACUAUACUAAUACAUGCUCUGAAAGAGACAGACAGACAGAGGUAGCCAUGGAUACCACCUCACAACCUCAGAAGAUAUCAAAACAUUUAUCAGAGACAGAGAGCAGCACUUUGAGGAGGAGCCAUCCUGACCAGAGGUGGUUGGUGUGUAACGUGAUUGGACACCAUUCUCACCAGCACUCCCAUCAGUCUGUAGUUUACUAUACAAGCCCCAGGUCUCAGGCAAGGUGACAUCACUGAGGCUACUGUCUACCAGACAACCUACCUGUGUUACUCUGGUACACUGGCUGCAGACUACAAGAUGAAUGAAUUUCUAUCUGGAACAUGGUGAAUGUUGAAUCAUCUUGGGCAGGUCUCAGACAACAACAUGUGAGACAUAACAUCUACCAGACAACUGACUUGUACUGGACAGCUGUACUGUCUGAACACCAGAUAAAUCUCUGUAUAGAUAUAGUGUAUAUAGACAGCUGUACUGUCUGAACACCAGAUAUAUCUCUGUAUAGAUAUAGUGUAUAUAGACAGCUGUACAGUCUGAACACCAGAUAUAUCUCUGUAUAGAUAUAGUGUAUAUAGACAGCUGUACUGUCUGAACACCAGAUAUAUCUCUGUAUAGAUAUAGUGUAUAUAGACAGCUGUACUGUCUGAACAUCCUAAUGUAGGUUUAUUUUUUUAAUGGACUAAUUAUUCCUCAACCUGCUCACUUGAUCCCAUCCCCACAAUGUUUCUGAUUGUUUGUUAAACUAAGUCUUAGAAAUUGUAUAUUGCUCAUUAUUUUAAAAUAUACUGUUAGGCUUUCUACUAGCAAGUUUACACCUUCACUAUUGCACUGAAAUGUUUUGAUCAGGAAGUUGUCUAAAUGGGAUAUACUUUUUUGUUAGUGAGUGAAGGAAAAGCAGCCAACAAGUGCUCAGCAUAUGUGGGAACUCCUUCAAGACUGUUUGAAAAGCAUUCCUCAUGAAGCUGGUUGAGAGAAUGCCA